UUCUAAAAAGAGGCACGCAUUUCCUUCAUAAGCGCCUCUCAAGCUGCAGUCUUUUCAGCCCAACUUUGAGAGGAAGGGAUAGGGGGGGGGGCGAGAUAGAGAGAGAGAGAGAGAGAGAGGAGGGCUACUUCACUUCAUAGUAUUUUCUGCAUUUUUUCCUCGCACAACUCGCUCUUUUUCUAGCGUUAACCGUUUUUCUAAAAUUCUUUGACGAAAAACCUCUACUUCUGCAUUUACAGUAUCUGAAGACUGAAAUCCAAUUGUACUCAAAACCCGAGUUUUUGCUUCCAUUUCUCAUUUGAUGGAACUCUUUGUUUAGAGAAAGAGAGAGAGAGUUUUUAGGCCUUGAAAAUGGCACCCAGUUUUGACUCUGCAGUUUCAAGCCUUCUUUGUUCGGAAGACAACAGCUUUUUCGAUGAUAACGAUUAUGGUGCCGCGGAGGAGUGUGAGGCCACGUGGCGCCAUCGUAAUAAUCGAAACCAUAAUCAAGACCGGGGCUUUGUUGAUCGUGAUGGAUUGCCGCUGCAGAGUGAUGAGUAUUUGGCUUCGAUGCUUGAAAAGGAAUGCCAGCAUUUGCCUGCUGCCGAUUACUUGAAGAGGCUUCGAAGCGGGGAUUUGGACUUGGGGGCAAGAAGACGGACCGUUGAUUGGAUUUUUAAGGUUCAUGCCCAUUUCGGUUUUGGACCUCUGUGUGCAUAUUUAUCCAUAAACUACUUGGAUCGUUUCCUUUCUGCUUACGAAUUUCCUCAGAGCAAACCUUGGACAGUGCAAUUGUUGGCCGUGGCAUGUUUAUCUCUUGCGGCCAAAGUGGAGGAGACGGACGUUCCUCUAGCUCUAGACUUGCAGGUGGGCGAAGCCAAAUUUGUGUUCGAGGCUAGAACAAUUCAAAGGAUGGAACUUCUGGUUUUGAGUACCUUGAGGUGGAGAAUGCAAGCGGUUACCCCUUUCUCAUUCAUAGACUACUUCCUUGGCAAGAUCAAUGGGGACCAAACCCAACUUCAAACAUCAAUCUCGAGAUCAAUCGAACUCAUAUUAAGCACAAUAAAAGGAAUUGAUUUCUUGGAGUUCAGGCCUUCAGAGGUUGCAGCAGCAGUGGCAAUAGCUCUUGCAGAAGAAAUCCAAACAGUAGACAAUGAGGCAGUAACUUCUCUUCUCAGUCAACAUGUAGAGAAGGAGAAAGUGCUCGAGUGUGUUAAGAUGAUUCGUGAUUUCUCAUUAAUUGAUGGAUCUGUUAAGGAUACGACUACUACUAUCCUCUCUGUACCCCAUAGCCCAAGUGGGGUGUUGGAUGCUGCACGCUUGAGCUAUAAAAGCGAUGACGUUGCAGUUGGUUCAUGUGCAAAUUCUUCACACAAUAGCCCAGAUGCUAAAAGGAGGAAGCUAAACAGAACCUUUGAAGUGGAGCUAUGAAGUCAUGAGAAUGUGGGGAUUUCACUUUGCACCAUGAACAAAUGUCUGAUGUCGUUACCUUGGGAACUUUGGUUUGUUUAUGAAGGUGCCCGUUCUAAGAUACCUAAAAAGAAUACAAGAUAAAGAGAGGGAUUGGAAAGAAAAAGAAGGGUGGAAGAAAUGCUUUGUGUUAUAAGAGGGCUUGAAUAAGUUGAGUCAUGGAUAGAGGAUGGAGGAUGUAGAACGAAUCAUUAUAUUUCAUGCCCAUAGCAUGAAGAACAGUCACCAGCUGUUAAUUAUUAGACCUCUUAACGGCUAGAGACGAGCAUGAGAGGGAGAGGGAAAAAAAAAAAAAAAAGGGACCAAAACAUAAAUAUUCGUCAUGUUUGAGUAGAUUUGGAGUUUUUAUUUAUUCGAAAAAGAAAAAAAAAAUAUUUUUUAAAGAAAGUAAAGAUCCUGGGAUAUAUUUGUUUGAGAGAAUUGUUUAAUUUACAUGUUCUUGUGUUGUUGAUUAGUUGUUACUCUAUGAAUAGUUUACUGUUUACCAACCA